CCAGAACGAUCGCAAGCCACAAGUAUCACUUUACCGUCCUUGAAGACCUUCAGUCAUUUGACAUCGGGUGACGCGGCAGCUCGAAUAUGCCAUCACAAGCAGACAUCCGACGGCGUAACGCUGCUUUCGUCCAGAAAGCUCAGUCGGGAAGGAAUCCGGUGAAACCGCCUAGGAAGGACAAGCCUAGCGUCGGGUUGUGGGUCGUAGCGGGGAUCGGGAUCUUGUUGGUCGGGAGCACUCUAUUUGAGGUUCUGAGGUUGCUCUUCUAGGACCCCGGAGCGACUCUUGCCUUUUCCGGAUCUUUACGCCUGCCUUUCCACCUCCCGCCGCUCGUCCGACUGGACAAGGCCGACUACUUUCCAUGGAACGACGAAACGACACCGCUGCCUUCAAUCGUCUGUCCUCUGGCUCCCGGUAGGGUCGACUAUGACCACCUCUCACUUUCUUGUUCGGCGGAAGCUUCUCUUAUGGCUCGGACAUUACCGACCCAUGAACUGCCAGCCUCUAUCCGCACCUCAUAUGCAUGCUCCGACCCUUCCUCUAUCUUGUCGCCCGGAUCUUAUCGAGAAUAGAUGCAUGUAAUUACGACGGAAAUCAUACAUUCGGGAUGUCUGGACUAGUGAAUACGAUAAGGUUGAAAU